AGUGCUUCCGGGUUCAAAUUUGAAACGAAAACACGCCAGUUACAGUUGAUUGGGGAUUUCUGCACCCGAUUUAUUAUCUAACAGUAAAUUAAGAGAUAAAGAGCCAUGUUUAUGUCAACGGGAGAGCGAGCUCCGAGUUUUACAGGCUUUACAUUAAUCACGCCGGCGGUGUCGGUGGGGAAUGUGGGACAGCUGGCUGCAGAUCUAAUCAUCUCCACGCUGGACAUGGUGAGAGUCGGACACUUCCACACGGACUGUCUGAUCCCCAUGGCGGGGAAUAAUCCCUACAGCAGCGGCGAGGAGGACGCGGCUCUGCUCAGCACUAACGCUGAAGUGUACUGUCGCGGGGAUUUGCAGUUGGCCGUGCUGCAGAUACGGACGCCCAUUUUACCGACGAAGACGAAAUCUUUCCGUAAGACUCUGCUGUCCUGGAUUAAGACCAGCGGGUUUUCCAGGACGGUGCUGCUGUCCAGCUGCCACGCCCACCACCGAGACGACCAGCAGCUCCUCACCUCUCCUCUGAGAUACCUGCUCACUCCGGCUCUGCAGGGGGACACGGAGGGGACGCUGCAGAGGCUGGGAUGGAGGGAGAUGGAGAGAGUGAGCGCUUUCCCUGGAGUUACUGAUUCAGACAGACAACGUCUCUACAUCCCGGGAGGAGGAGUCACUAAAGCUCUCUACAACAGCGGCUGCAGUGAGAACAUGUCCAUGGCGGUGCUGCUGCUGUUCUGCUCUGAGGGAGACAACAUCCCCGAUGCCUUCACGCUCGUCAAUCACCUGAACGACUGGCUCCACCUGCUGGACAAACCGGUUCAGGGCUCUGUCCCGUGGAGAAUCCCGUCCUCCUGGAGGCUGCUGUUUGGAAGCGGUGUUCCUCCCAUGAUCUUCUGAACUCCACCGAGACACAGGAGACAACGUUAAUGACGGGACACGUUUCUGAAACGUCUGGACUGGGCGUGUGUGUGUGUGUCACUUCAUGUCGUUCAGAAAGCUGUCAGAAACAACCUGAUUAUUCUUCCUCAUCACCACCACACGUAUCCCAUAAAUCAGUUCGAGGACGUGUUGUGGUUUUAAAUUUGUGAUCCCGGCACACGCCUAGUCUUGAUAUUGAGGAAAAAUAACGUCAUUAAAUACAGCCAUAAACACACCUGCAACCCUCGGCCAAAUUCUAUCGUCUUUAAAAUGUUCAUUACGGUAAAAUGUCUGAUUCUCAUUAAACAAAGACUUUUGUGAAA